UCUCUCUCUCUCUCUCUCUCUCUCUCUCUCUCUCUCUCUCUCUCUCUCUCUCUCUCUCUACAACAAUGAGCAGCGAUCUGAAGUCGAAAUUCCUGCAAGUUUAUGAGGUUCUGAAAUCGGAGCUAAUUCAUGAUCCUUCAUUUGAGUUCGACGACGAUUCUCGUCAGUGGGUCGAACGGAUGCUUGACUACAAUGUACCUGGAGGAAAGUUAAAUAGAGGCCUUUCUGUUGUGGACAGCUACAAGCUUCUAAAAGGAGAAGAACUAACAGAAGAUGAAGUUUUUCUUGCAUGUGCCCUUGGUUGGUGCAUUGAAUGGCUUCAAGCAUAUUUUCUUGUACUUGAUGACAUUAUGGAUGAAUCCCAUACACGCAGAGGUCAACCCUGUUGGUUUAGAUUACCCAAAGUUGGUAUGAUUGCUGUAAAUGAUGGAGUUGUUCUUCGCAACCAUAUUUCCAGAAUCUUAAAGAAACAUUUCAGAUCAAAGACUUAUUAUGUGGAUCUACUCGAUCUGUUCAAUGAGGUGGAAUUCCAAACAGCAUCUGGGCAGAUGAUUGAUUUGAUUACUACACUUGUUGGAGAGAAAGAUCUGUCGAAAUAUUCUUUAUCCAUUCACCGCCGGAUUGUUCAGUACAAAACAGCCUAUUACUCAUUUUAUAUUCCGGUUGCCUGUGCGCUCCUUAUGUUUGGAGAGAAUCUCGAUGAUCAUGUACAAGUGAAAGAUGUCCUCGUUGAAAUGGGUACCUAUUUUCAAGUGCAGGAUGAUUAUCUUGACUGUUUUGGUGCUCCUGAGGUGAUUGGAAAGAUUGGAACAGACAUCGAAGACUUCAAGUGUUCAUGGUUGGUUGUGAAAGCAUUGGAACUUUCUAACGAGGAGCAGAAGAAACUUCUUAACGAGAACUACGGGAGGAAGGAUCCGGGCAGCGUGGCAAAAGUAAAGGAACUAUACGAUUCUCUCAACCUUCAGGGCGUGUUUGAAGAUUACGAGAAUAAGACUUACGAAAAGUUGGUGAAAUCAAUCGAAACUCACCCAAGCAAACCCGUACAAGCCGUGUUGAAAUCUUUCUUGGCAAAAAUAUACAAGAGACAAAAAUAGGAAUAACCGAUUCCAUUCCAAUGUUGUUUGUACUUUCUACCUUCUAGUACCUUUCGCUUUGUAUACUUGCAUUCUGAUUUCUGCACAAUAAAUUGGUAAUCCAAAAUUGGAGUUGUUUACUUUACGAUACUCAAAUCAACUAAUGAGAAUAAUCACCCAAUUACACUUUACAAAGUAAUAUAGAUUAAAAAAAGGAAUGUAGCUUUCCAUGAGCGUUGCUGAGGAGACUAGUUUUGGUCGUCGACGUUCGAGAGAUGAUUAAAUGAAGCGCCACGGUUGCCGAGGGAACUGCUUCUAUGGUAACGACACCGGAAAGAUCCGACGUGGGUGGUCGGAGAGCAAAGGCGGUUAGGUUUUGCGUCGGAAGGUGCUCUCUGUGUCGCCAAAUGUGCGAUUUCUGCAUAGCAAUUACUUGCUGCGCUGCCGCCGUCCACGGUGGCCGGGAUUUGUUGUUUUUUGGCUUGUUCGGGAGUAGUUAUAAAACGAGAUUAAACGGAAGAUUAAAGGCAUGAUCCUUCAAAACAAGUUUUAAUGGGAGGUGAUGAGUGGUCAUUACUCGCAUUUAAGUUUGCGAGAUGGGGUGUCUGCUUAAGGCUUUACGACAAUUAGGCACCUCAAAUCUUAUAACCAUCUGAUCCUUAUAUUAUUAUUUUGAGUUUAUAUACUUUUUAGCCAAAGCUAAAUAGUAGAAGCUAGCUUAUGAAUUUAUUUGUUCAUAAGUUGGGUGGGUUUUGUUUAUAAAAUUACAAAAAUAUUUUUUAAAGUUUUUGUUUAUAAAACUACAAUAUUUUUUUGUGAAAAUGUUUUUUGAAGACUUAUAGAAAAAAUUUUCAAAAAGGUUUUGUUCAUUCAUAACUUCUCUAUAUGGAUGUUUAGCACGAUAGUCCAAAAAAUAGAACCGAAGAAAAUACAUCAUCUACAUUAAUAAUCUCUUAAAGUUAGUCGAAUUAAAUAAAAACAUAUUAGUAUUAAAGAUUAGUAUUAAACUAAAAAAAUAUAAAAGCUUAAAAACUAAAAUUGUAAAAAGAAGUUGUCCAAUUUGAAAAAAUAAUUAUACAUAACAAAAAAAAUAAGUUAUAAUUUUUUUUUUUUAAAUUUGUAAACAAUGUUUAGAUGGAUACAGAAGAUAUGAUGUUUUUAGAAAAGUAUAAUCAAAUCUAUAAAUAUAAUAUUAUAUUAUAGAAAACUGUAAAAAAAAAUUAAAUAUAAAACAAUUAGGUUGUAUAAAAAAUUGGUAAAAAGUUUGU